UGACGCGCCCCCUAUUUUCCGUCCAACUUCGUAGGAAAAAAGCUGGACAGGCUGAGGUGAAAAAAAUGCGGAGAUGGGUGAAGGUUCAGCCGCCUCCCUUUCACUUCGCUCCACAGCUCUAAUCCAUGGUUACCCAUUCAAGUUUCAGUUUCCAUACAACAAGUUACAAACACCGGCCCCAAUCUCCAGAGGGGAACAAAAUGUGUAAGGAAGCAGGGAGUGAACCUGAUGGAGUCACCUACUGCACGCUCAUUGACAUUCAUUCUAAAUCUAGCAUUCUUGAUAUUCCAUGGGAAUGUAUGAGAGGAUGCAAGAGGCUGGCCUCACUCCGGAUACAUUUACUUACAGUGUUAACGAUCAACUGCUUGGGGAAGCUGGCCAUUAGAAGUUGCAUAUAGGCUAUACUAUAGGAUGGUUGAUCAGGGUUGUGUUCCAAAUUUGGUAACCUACAAUAUCAUGAUUGCUCUUCAAGCAAAAGCAAGGAAUUACGACAUCCAAUAGUCGAUCUUUGAGCUAGAUAAAAUGACUUGCUGCAUAGUUAUGGAAGUAUUAGUCCAUUGUGAUUUACUCGAAGAGGCAGAAGGUAUAUUUAUUUAGAUGCAAAAGAAGAACAGGGUUUUCUAUGAACCUAUUUAUGGUAUGGGAAUGAUACCAUGCUAUGCUUAAUGCGGGUUUACAACCCAACGUGCCUACUUGCAGUUCCUUGCUUGGCGCCAUUCCGAGGGUACACCAACUAUCAGAUGCCUAUUACUUGUUA